GAGAGGGAAGCUGGGAUGUUGUAAACACAGCUGGGAAAGCGGGGUGAGAAGGGAUGAAUUUGGACUCGGAGAGCAAGAACAGUCAGCCCUCCAUUCCCACGGAUUCUGCAACCAUAGCUUUAAAACGUUCCUCAAAGUUCCCUUGCGAAAAGUCUCUGUCAUGCGGGGGUUUCUUCUGGCCAAACUCCUCCUCAUCCUCCUACACACAAAAUGUGCCCUCUUGCAAGCAGAUUGCACAUGGAGAGCUGCAGUCAACAGAUAUGGAAAAGUUGGUGCAGGCCGGGAUAUAUUCAUGCAGCAGCAUGAAAUUAAGAACGUAGAGGAGGUCUUCAAGGAACUGGUGGAUUCAGCUAUAGACCCCGACGACAGAAAUGCAAAAUACUAUGGAUUUCCAUACUACUUGAAAAUAUACAUGACCUGCAGAUCAUUGAAGGCACGAAUGGCUGUUCGGACAGGUCACUACACUGGGUUGAAACCAGUUGUGACCGUCAGUUUUGAAGAACCCGUCCACGCUGUGCGUCAGAAACAAGAGCAACUGGAGAUUGAAAUGAUGGCAGCUCCAUUCAGGAUGACAG